AUGUAUGAAAACAAUCGGCUAUUGCAACUACUAUUGUUGAGGAAGAAGGAUUACUGGCGUUUUCGGGAGAGUGUACAGCAUAUAACUGAAGCGGUUUUGGUACUUACGAAAUCAAAUCCGGACAUCCGAAAUGAAAAAUAUCGUGCUGUGCAAAUUGGAUCUGGUUUUGGUUUUUGUAAUGGUGGUUCCCAGAAUCAAUCGUUAUUCAUUUCUAUUAAACAACUUGACGACACCACUUCUUAUCAACAACAGUAUGUCUAUCAUGUGACCAGAGAUAUUCACACAUUGCGAUGUCGGACUGCCAAAGUCGUUCUGAGUUAUGAGGGAAACGUCACAGAUGAAACUCACGAAGUUCAUAUUGCAGCAAAUGCAGAAUCAAGUCCUGUCCUCUUUUAG